AUGUCUCUGUUACGUUUCCUGAGUAUUUUUGUUGGCUUGUUUGCAGUGUUAUUAUCAACAUUUAAAUUUGGCUCUUUUAUGGAUACUUCAACGACAAUCAACGAGUCUACACGUUUGCAAAAUUAUUACGUAGAGAAGCAGCUCUCCUAUUUGCACGAUAACAUGAAUAAUAUAAACAUGAAUACACAGGAUACUCUAGAUCUAGACGGAAAAGGUCUAGAAAGAAGUGAUGAAGUCUUUAGACUACUGACAUUUAACACCUGGGGCUUAAAAUAUGUUUCAAAGUUUAGGAGAGAAAGAUUAACAGCAAUUGCAGAACGGUUAGCGGGACUCAAAAAUAACGAGUUCCCCAGUUACAAUAGUGAUGGGGAUAAUGAUGACUAUGAUAUUGUUGCACUACAAGAAAUUUGGACAAAGGAGGAUUGGGAUUACAUAGAUCGAAUCUGUGCAUCUAAAUUCCCAUUUCGUAGGUGGUUUUCAUCAGGUAUAUUAUCAGGGCCCGGUUUAGCAAUAUUAUCCAAAUAUCCUAUAAAGAAAACAUCAUUAUAUAGAUUUCCAGUUAAUGGUCGACCUUCUGCUUUUUUUAGAGGCGACUGGUAUGUUGGAAAAAGUGUGGCAGUAACGAUUUUGAAGUUGAACAACGGCUCCACUAUUGCCUUGUUGAACUCGCACAUGCAUGCGCCAUAUGCAAAGUCCGGAGAUGCAGCCUAUGAAACCCAUAGGGCAUGCCAAGCAUGGGAAAUUGCCAAUAUAGUAAAUGAUCUUAAAAGUGCUGGACAUGCAGUUAUUUUAGUUGGAGAUCUAAAUUCUAGACCUGGAUCUAUACCUUAUGAAAUAUUGCAAAAAGAAGCGGGAUUGGCUGAUAGUUGGGAGGUUAUAAAUGGAGAAACAGAUCUAGAAUUGGUUAAGGCAAUGCAACCAUGGGAGCAAAUAGUAAGGGCUGCCACUACUUGUGAUUCGAUUUUGAAUACCUGGAGAGCUGAUAGAAACCCUGACGAAGCAUGCCGUUUGGACUAUGCCUUAAUUGAUAAGAACCUAUUGCAUCCGGUUGAAGCUAGUGUCAAAUUCACAGAAAAAAUUCCAAAUGUUGGCUCUUAUUCUGAUCAUUUUGCCUAUUCCGUGAACUUGCGACUGAAUAAAGAACCAUUGAGUAAAAUAACUGCAACUGAGUGUCCCAAUAAUGGCUUGCUAGGACUGUAUCUUAAAUUUAGGAACCUAGUAAACAACUACAUUCAAACGACUUUAGAAUGGCAAAGACAGUGGAGGUUAUGGCAUUUCGUCCUCUCUAUGUUUAUCGCUAUAGCCUUCAUUCCAGUAAUUAUAGUGGUUUCUUAUCGUGCACCAUGGUCUUCGGUCCUUUUCUACUUUUUUGGAUGUAUCAUCUUCUCUACUGGUCUAGUCAAUGGUAUGAUCUCGUUUUUGUUUGGGCGUUAUGAGCUUCGAAAUCUACGUGAAGUUAUCUUUGAAAUUGAUGACCGUACAAAUUUCCUUAAACAUGUCAUCCAAUGCUGA